GCCAAAAACUCGUCUGUUCCGCCUUGUGUGAUUUUUAAAGGGUCUCUAAAAAAAAUUGGAGUGCAGAACACGAAAUGCAAAUUGUAAACAAAAACACGUAGUUUUUUUAAUUGAGAAAAGUACACAUUUGAAACAAGAUGUUUGAUUCAGAGGAAUUGAUGGACUGGCACGAAGAGGCUAGUGCAAUUAUUAACGAUGUAAAAGCCCAUUUAAAGACUGUUCAAGUGUCUGAGCGUCUGGAGUCAACUGAUCGCCGGAUUUAUAUUAAUGCCACAACAUUGGAAGGACAGAAUCUCUGUAUUUGCGUCUCUUCAAUGGGAUUUCGCAUAGUUGGUCAGCAAUUUGACACAGUGAAUCUAGAAUUGGAGGAAAAAUCGAAGAUUUACGAAACACCGUAUGCUCUCUUCACAGACAUUUCACCACUCUACGUGAAAUCUUUUGGUGAAGCUCUCCAAAAAGCCAUGGAAACUCUAGCAGAAGGCUCAGCAUGAGAGCAAAAGUUUAUGUAGAAUUUAAUAAAAGUCAUUUUUUGUUUUGAUAAAAAUAAAAACAUUAGACGAGUUGAAAAUGCAA